UUAGCCACGUCCAGAUGUAGAUAUUCUGUGGUAACCUGUCUUUGAUGGGUAUUAUUUUGAAUUUUUAACGGUUUGUAAAAGUUAAAGUUUGUCUUUGCCCUGCUGAUAAAGCAAAAAGCUUGGCAAAGACGUGAUGGACCCAAGCACAAACGAAUAUGUUAAAACACGAGAGAAAACUGAACGGAAACAAGAUGCUGACGAUGAGUGUGAUAAAAGCUCUCCAACUUUUGUAGAGAAACCGUCUUCUCGAAGAGUCAGUUUUGCUAGUAUGAAUUUCAUCAAGCAAUUUGCCAUAGACCCGGAAAAGAAUACAAUAUGGGAUGCGACAUACGAAGAAAUGCUCACGUUAGAUUCAACGCAUUCUUCUGAAAAUGUGCAUGGUACACUGUCUGCGCGGCAAACAGGCAGUUAUAAUUCGGAUAUUAGAAAAGAACAUGUUGGGGAUGCAGAAGAUUUUCAACUUGAUUUAAACUUACCCAAUAUAUGGAUGGAUAAGGAAAAUAUAAGUUUUCCAAACAAUAGUCAAACGCAAAAAGUUCAUUCUUCAAAUAAAGGAAACCGAAAAGUAUUAGCACUGUCAAGUGUGCAAUUUAUGGGCAAUAAAACUGUUUUAAACAAUAGCGACAUGGAAUUGACUAGAGCUGUAACGUUUCAAAACGUUCGAAAUAUAACGCUACCAAUAAAUGAAGCUAUGGAUUAUACGCAAUGUGUGGCUGCCGAGAACCCCAAUAAAGUGAAAAAUUGCAAGAAUGUAACGUUAUACGAUGCCAACAUUGAAUACACUUGUCAAAUACCCCAUCUUAAUUUUCCAAAAAUGCCUCUGGUGGUUAACAGAUCGAUUACAGACAGUACUAGUAUGGACUUGACAGGAGGAAUUGGUGAGGAGUCUCUUGUACCAUGUAAUUCAUCACCAUCAAUGAUGGAACAAACAGUUCCCAUGACUGAUUAUCAAUUCAAAGAUAAGACCAAUGUAGAAGGUUCUGUAAACAUAGAACUGACUCAGAAUGUGUCACUCAGCAAUCUUUGUUCGUCUUCGAAGAUUAGCUGUGACUCAAGCGGAAUAGUUUCGGCCAAUAAUGUUCAGAAUGAAAUUACAAAGUUGGGCGAAACUUGUUGCGAACUCCAGUCAGUUCAAUCAAGUGGAGAGAAUGACAAAACAAGUCUGUUGGUAAACUUAAAUGUAGAUUAUAUUAAAGGGCAGGUUUUUGCAGAAAAAAAUAAACUGCAUCAUUCAUCAUUGAAGGUACAGUGUGAUUUAAACUCAUUUGAUAAUGCACAGGCCGAUGGGGGUGUUGAAGUGUACUCAUUUCAGUCGGAUAUGGAAAUAGACCAAACAAUUCCAAUAACAGCACGGAGUAAAUUAAACUUAAGUCGUGAUGGAAUUGCUAUACCAUUGAAGAUCUCGGUAGAUAACUCGAAUGGAAAUUGUAUAGUUUGUAGUGGUGAAGUUAAGAAUUUAAUGGAUGCUGCAACCACUGAUGAAUCACAAACUGUUGGUUUAGCUUGUCAAAUACCUCGACUGCAUUUUGCAAACACGGCGGCUAACAGAUCACGUCAACUGCAUUCGUUUCAAACAGAUUUGGAAAUUGAUCAAACAAUUCCAAUAAAAGAACUGAGUGACUCAAAUGGAAAUCGUACAGCUAAAAAUUCAAUGAAUGUUGCUCCUACAGAUGAAUCACAGACUGCUGGUCCAGAUAUUUUGAUUGAGAAAUGUAAGGAAGGUGUGCUAAUAAACCUUGAGAAAGAAGGGGGCCAAAUAUUACCAGUUAAAAAGUGUGAGAUCAGUGGGGUCACAUGUACAGAAUUAGCGAACAAACCAGAGAAGGAAAUGGAAGAUGUAAAAUUGGAACUUACGUGCAGUAUAGACACCAAAUGCAAAAGCAUCUCUGCAUCUCAGUCAAUGCUAGAGAAAUCUACAGCACUUCCUCAAAUGUCGCCUCUGAGACCAGAUUACUGUUACCAAAACAAAUCAGUCCAAGGAACAGUUGCGGAAACUCUUGUGACUGAUUGUAAUAAUUUGAGUAAUUGUCAAUCACAGUCCGAUUUCUCAAAGAUUAUUACGGGUGAACUAAAUCCGUCCUUUAUCAACUCCAAGGUCUUGGCUUUAAGCGAUUUUAGUUGUGACACCUUUCCAACUUCAUUAAACAACACACGUGAAACUAUGAAAGAUGGAAAGAAAAAAAGUUUUGGCCUACAAGCAACAUACGUUGUAGAUUCGAAUGUAUCGAAACAACCGUCAAAAAGUAUGUCAAGUCAAGUACCAACUGAUAUUAGAGACGUAGAGACACACUUAAAUAGUCACACUGGCAAAUCUAUAAAUAUCUCCCAAGAAGAUAUUACACUACUGGAAUGUUCAGAAGACACGUUCGAUCUGAUUACCCAAGAGGCUCAAUCUUGCAUCCAAAACAUUGCAAACCAAACGAAAGCGUCCGAUGAAAACAACGUUGAUUUCAAUCAAUUAUGGAAUGGUCAUAAAAUUGAAGCACAAAGAAUUGAAACUUCAGUGCAGGAGUUAGCAGACAGCAUCACAAAUUCCGCCGCUAAUAGGGGCAUUACAACUAGAUUUCAAUCUUGCUUGAAAAUGUAUGAAGAAGUAGCAACUCAGUUUUCUGAAAAACAUAAGGUGAAAGAAUUUCAAGACCGUCACUCGCGAAUUGUACUAAAAAGGGCAUCAAGUAUUGUGGCCGAAGAUUCACUACCUCUUCAAACGAGUAGCGACUUCUCAGAAAAUUCCAUCGAAAUUUUAAGCUAUGAGGAACAAAUCAGAAGAAAGUGUAAAAGAAGUAAAAGCUACUGGACAAUCAAAUCUCUCAAAGGAGAUUUCUGUCAAAUACACACUUUAUAUAAAACUAUAAGGCUGGAUGUAAAAUUCAACACAAUGAAUGGUAUUGUUUCCGAAUGUGCUCUACACGACUGCAUAUUGGAUACCUCCGAUCCAAUUGCAUUACUGGUGCAUAAACACUUUAAGCACCGUCUCAUUGAAAAGAACAUCAAAUCAGGAGUCGGUGAGAAGUACGACAUAUUGACGUUGUUAGAUUAUGUGCAUAUAAACAUGGAAAAGAUGUUAGAUAUUUUUAACGAAUUUUGUUCAUUUUCCAAGAAGUACAACUUUAAACUGGAUAAACAGUUUAUGGGAACGUUUAACAUAGUCAACCUUAUUUUAAAUAGUAGUUGGAGAUUUUAUGUCGAUAUGUCCGAAUUAGACAACAUAUCCAAAGACUCAAUUAGGAUAGAAGGAGAUGGUGCAACAAAUGAAGUGCAUAUAAGGGAAAUGAAGAAAUUAAUGAAUAGAGUAUCUUGUGGUUUACCCUUUUUAAAGAAGUUUUUAAGUGAUGCUUUAGCUUAUACUAGUUUGUGUGGUGCGCAAGCACAUGGAUAAUUUAUUAAUAAACGUUUGCAAUAUA